AUGGGCGACGAGGAGAAGAAGCUUGGCAGCUAUGAAGAUGUCCAUGAAGCCUCAUGGACGCAAGCUGAAGAAGCUGCAGUCCGAUGGCACAUAGACAGGACAGUCAUUCCUGUGGCAUUGAUCAUGUAUAUCUUUGCUUUCCUUGACCGUGUAAACAUUGGUAAUGCUCGUGCAUACUCUUUAAGCACUGUCACCGGCUUAGGAGCCAUGGAAAGGGACAACGGAAUGGCGGGAAAUGACUAUAACAUGUUGUUAUCCAUGUUUUUUGUGCCUUAUUGUGCCCUUGAACCUUUCUCCAACCUUGCUUUGAUUCGUUUCCGGCCAUCUGUUUGGCUUUCGCGUAUCAUGUUGACUUGGGGUAUAUUUUCAUCUUGCAUGGCUGCCUGCUCUUCCUUUCCAGCUAUAAUGACUGUUCGAAUCUUGAUGGGUGCGGCCGAAGCUGGUCUCUUCCCUGGCAUAACCUUCUGGCUUACGUUCUGGUACAAACCAAAUGAAAUAUCUGGUCGUAUUUCCUUCUUCUAUGGUGGUUCUUCAUUUGCCACCGCAUUCUCGGGUCUGAUUGCCACCGGCGUCUUCUACAUGGAUGGAGCAGGAGGUCUAGCAGCUUGGCGAUGGAUCUUUCUACUUGAAGGCCUUCCUCCAGUCAUUCUCGGCGUGGUUUUCUACUGGUUGAUUCCGGACUACCCUGAAACUUGUAAAUUCCUGUCCGAACGUGAACGAGAAAUCGCCGUUACUCGUCUCAGAGUUGAUCCUGCUGCUGGUGAUACCAAGGUCUUCAAAAUGGAUGAAGUUUGGCCAGUGCUCCGUGAACCUCAGAUCUGGUUUCAAACUUGCGUCUUCUGUUUGGCAGUUAUUCCAGGGUAUGCCAUUGCGUACUUCCAACCUACAAUUCUGACAUAUCUUGGAUAUACCGGUGUGGCUGCACAAUGGAUGACCGUUCCAACCAAUAUAUGGAAUGCAAUCAUGUUGAUCAUCUUGUCCAAUCUCUCUGAUCGCCUUGGAGACCGUUCUGGAAUCAUGAUCAUUGGACAGUUCAUAUGUGCAGGGGCAUUCCUUGUGAUGGCGAAUGUGUGGAGUCCUCCUUCUGUGGCAUAUGGAAUGCUCUUCGUAACUCCAGCCAACGCUGCCACUGUUUCAUUGCUUCAUGGCUGGGUUGCAAACAACCACAAAUCGCACACUGCCCGUGGAUUUGCAAUGGGAUUGAUGAACGGUCUUGGUGGAGUCUGUGGUGCAAUUGGUGGACAGAUAUACCGUGCAGCUGACGCUCCCCAUUUCCCAAUUGGCAAUUCCAUCAACGCUGGUGUAUUGAUUGCUGCUGCUUUUAUUGCAUGCGGUGUCCGUCUAUCCUUCAUCAUGGCAAACCGUGCUAUUGAUCGCCGUAAUGCUCAGAUCUUGGCUUCUGGCCGUGCUCUCACUCAUGACGAGACAUGGCGAUAUACACUUUAA